AUGCCGGUACUAAAGCUACGUCCACUAACUACUUAUUUGCGGGACAUCACACUAGCGAAAUCUCUCAUGAGAAUCGGCUCGGUGUUCCUCGAAGACCUGCAGUUGAUGGAAGCCCUCUCCAUGGAUUGCUACGGCUCCGUGCGCAAGGUGUACAUCGUUUGCAAGCAAGACCGGACGCUGUCCGAGGAGUUCCAGAGGUGGAUGGUGUCCAACAACCCGGUGGAUGAGGUGAAGGAGAUUGACGGCGCGGAUCACAUGGCUAUGCUCUCCGCGCCCGAUGACAUCGUGCAGUGCAUUGUCGACAUCGUUGCAAAAUACAAUUGA